AUGUUCCGCGCAGUUUCGCGGCGCACCAGCGCCUGCACCUCAAAGCUCGUCCAAGCACAACGCCCUUCCCUGACACGGGCAAUAUACACCAACAAUGCCAGACCAACACCCCAAUUAAAGCCCAAGGGCACCCAGCUCACCCUUUCACAAAUCUCCCGCCCGCGGCAAAUAACCUUCGCCCAGCGCGUACGUCUCCACUACCGCGAAGCGUCCAAGGGGAUCUUCCGCAAGAACCCCAUUCUCCUUCCGCUCGCCAUCGUUGGAGUCGUUAGCGCUAUUGGAACAUUUGUCUACAUUUCUUAUGUGGAGGUCACUCGUGUCGGACCCCAGUAUCACAAAUUCCCGCCGCCGGUAGCCGAUGCGCUCCGCACUGCUGUGUACUACACUGAGAUCGAUCUGAAUCCGCCCAAGGCACUACAGGCGUACAAGGAGGCGCUUCGGAUUGCUGCGGAAUUGGGAAUGCACCCUUUCUCAGAUGAGGUGCUUGGUAUUAAGCUACAGGUGGCUAUGAUGUUGGAGAAGGCUGGGCUGGUGAAGCCGGCGAUUGAAGUAUUGGAACGGACGAAGGAUGAGGCGCUGAAAUGGGUGGAUCAGGGACACAAUGCUGGGGCUGCUACAGUUGGUCUUGCGAAGAAUGGUGUGCCUGCGUCGGUGCAGACUACUGCGGACAAGGUGCAGAAAGAGACCGAGGCGAUGCAGGAUGCUGAGAAGGAAUUGCGGGAGAUGCAGGAAUUCGAGGCGCGCCAACGGGAUCGAACGCUGAAGAAGGUUGUUGGUAUGCAGAUGAAGUUGGGUGAGCUCUAUGGCAGUGAUCACAUCCAAGAUGAGAAGAAGGCCGAGGCUGCGCAGGUCGCUGCUGUAGAGCUGUGUUUGAAGGAGAUGCACCGCCGCGAGAAGCUCGGCCUCCCUGUUGGUGGCGGGGGUGCUACUGAAGGAGGAGAGGAGUCUUGGUUGAAUAUGACUGAGAUUGCUACGGCGUUGGGCGAGCUUGCGUCUACUUACAGCGCUAAAGAACGUCAUGACCUGGCCUUGCCUCUGUAUCUGCGCGCAUUGGAUUUGAUUCGCGGAGCAGAGGGUGAUUCGCCAUCCUGCAAGCAGGUCGGUCUGCUGAACAACGUCGCCAGUGCUUUGGUUGGCCAAGUGCAGCAACCAGCUCGGAACCAGAAAUCAGUUACUCCGGAGCAGAGUAUUGACGCGGCCCGACAGUGGGCUCAGAAGUCUCUUGAUGUGGCUGCAAGAAUCCAACCGCCUGUUCGUGAUGAGGAGUGUGAUAUAAGCUGUGUUGCAGCGACCUACAAUCUGGGUGAGCUUGCAGAGCUGCAAAAUAAGCCAGAUGUGGCUCAGCAGCGCUACUUGGAGGCCAAGUCCCUAGCAAAGGGACUUGGAUUUGAAGAGGGCAUUGCCAUGGCGGAUGAAGCCUUGGGGAGGCUUGCAAAGAAAUGA